AUGACGGCCCUUCCUGAGAGUGACGUCGAUGUUCUCAUCAUCGGCGCCGGCCCGGCCGGGUUGAUGCUUGCGCUGUGGCUCGCCAGACUGGGCGUCAAGACGCGCAUCGUCGACAAGAGGACCUCCAAGGUAUACUCUGGGCAGGCAGACGGCUUCCAAGUGAGAUCUCUCGAGAUCCUAGAUAGCUUCGGCAUCACUGAGCGCGUAUGGAAAGAAGCAAACCAUAUGCUUGAGGUCUCCUUCUGGAACCCCGACGAGGGCGGCACAAUCAGGCGCAGCGCCCGCGCGGCAAACACCAUCCCCGGCCUCUCCCGCUUCACCGAGUCCGUGCUGCACCAGGGCCGCAUCGAGCAGUUCUUCCUCGACGCCAUCCGCGACUCGUACGCCUCCGACUCGGACGCCCUGCACGUGGAGCGCAUGGUGAUCCCGACGUCUCUCGAGAUCGACGAGGCCAAGGCCGAGGACCCGGACGCGCACCCCGUGACCGUGACGCUGCGCCACCUGACGGAGGAGGAGGCGACGCCGACGCAGAUGCUAAGCAACCUCAGCGACGGCAUUUUCAGAAGCAACCUCGCCGACGACGACGUCGGGGAUAUCCUGGACAGGUCCGAGGGGCGCGAGGCGAGAGACGAGGUCGUCAGGGCCAAAUAUGUCGUCGGGUGCGACGGGGCGCAUUCGUGGACGAGGAAGACGCUCGGCAAGGACUUUGAGAUGAAGGGUGAGACGACAGACGCCAUCUGGGGAGUCAUGGACAUCGUACCCAUCACGGACUUUCCCGACAUCAGAUCCCGGACCGUGAUCCAUAGCACCUCGGGCGCGCUCAUGAUCAUCCCUCGCGAGAACAGAAGAUCUUUGGCCCGUAAAAAGCUCGAGUACCACUACUGCGACUGGUGGACAGCAUACCAAAUCGGCCAGCGCACAGGCGACCACUUCAGCAAACUUGACCGUGUCUUCCUUGCGGGAGACGCCGUGCACACGCACUCCCCAAAGGCCGGCCAGGGCAUGAACGUCUCCAUGCAGGACAGCUACAACCUCGGCUGGAAGAUCGGCCUCGCGUGUAAGGGCAUCCUGCCCCGCCACGUGCUCUCGACGUACGAGCUCGAGCGCAAGAAGAUAGCCAAGGACCUCAUCGCGUUCGACGGCAAGUUCUCAAAGUUGUUCACGGGCCGCCCGGCCAAGGACAUCCAGAGCGAGACGGGCGUGUCGGAUGACGAGUUCCAAAAGGCGUUCCACACGAGCAGAAUGUUCACGACCGGUGUUGGCGUCAACUACCAGCCCACCGUGCUCGUCGCCAGAGAACCCGAGGAAACCGACGACGACGACGACCACGGCCUGGAGAAGAGCGCCGCCAAAAGCACGCCCUCCCUCGCCACGAACUGCGAGGUCGGCCGGCGCUUCCCGUCGUUCAAGGUCGUCCGGCAAGCCGACGGCCGCCUCUGGGAGCUGCACCACAAGCUCCCCUCGGACGGGCGCUUCCGCCUCGUGGUGUUUGGCGGCGACAUUUCGCAAGCGUCCCAGCGCGACAGCGUCAACGCCAUGGGCGCAUGGCUGUCGUCGUACCUGCCCGGGCUGCCGACAAUCACGCUCUCGCCCGGCUCGGACCCGCACGGCGGUUCGGUCAAGUUCAAGACGGAAAGGGACCCAUCCGUCGUGGACGUCCUGCUCGUGCACUCGGCGCCGCGGGACGAGGUGGAGGUGUUGCGGGAUGUGCACGAGGCGUAUCACCCGUUUGACAGCAAGCUCGGCUGGGAUUACGACAAGGUCUUUGUGGACGGGGAGACGUAUUACGAAGAGCCCCAGAUGGCGUAUGAGAAGUACGGCGUGCAUCGCGCCAGGGGCGCUGUCGUCGGAUUGCGGCCGGAUGGGUAUGUUGGUCUUGUCACUUCGCUGGACCAUGGCGGGCAGGACGAGGUUCGGAAGUGGUUCGACGGCAUCUUUCAAAGAACAUGA